CAUCAAGCGCGCUUGAGUCGACUAGUAGCUAUGGUGCGCCAGCUCUUCUUGCUUCUUGGGGCCGUCGCCGCCCACUCGUGGAUUGAGUGCUCGGACUACCUCAUGACGUCGGUGGAAGACCGCAACUACUGGGACGCGUCCAAGUGCUACGGGUACCCCCGAUGCUCGGCAGCCCGCAAUGGCGUGUUUGGCAACGAAGGCUCACUCAACUACCAGUCGGCGAACGGCAACUCGUGUCAAUGCGCACAGGGCUCGAACAACGCUUACACGUCGACAUAUCCCAAGGCGACGUAUGUGCCCGGGCAGCGCGUCUGCCUCGCGUACCCCGCCAAGAACCACGUGGCGGAUCACUGCACCAACCAGUACAUCCCGGACAACGGCAUGACCAUCUACCGAUCGACGGUCGGAGCGACGGUCGACCCCGCGCUUGGGCAGUGGCCCGUUCAGUACCCCAACACGACCAACGGCGAGCACACGAACGGCGUCAUCGACUACAAAGGGUUCCAGAACUGCCCGAAAUUCUGCGAAAACAUGCCCAACGCGUUCUGCUCGCUCUGCUUUGACUGGAGCCAGACCUCGCACUCGGCUCGUACACGUUCCAUUGGGAGUGGCUCUUCAAUGCCGAUCAGGCCAAGUACGUUUCGUGCUGGGAGGCAGACGUCGUCCAGUCCACGUCGCACCCGACGCCGAGUAUCUUGCCGCCAUCGACGGCGGCCCCGGAACCUCUAUCGCCACCCGGAGCGACGCCUUCACCGGCACCCUACCCGAGCGUCACGCCAUCGGUGCAGCCAACGCCGACGCCAACCAAUGAAUACGGUCCAUCGGGGACGGGCAGCGACUAUUUCGACUGCGAGUAGCGACUACGACGACCCUUGUGACGUUUGGCUACUUCGUUUCAAGAUACUUUAGCGUCUGUAAGCUUGCGACUCGUUCGACCUAAAUUUUCUCACCGGAACUCGAAUCGGUGUUCACGCUGCGAGCAAUAGUAACAGGUGCUGGCCGAGAACCCACGGGUGCUGUGCAAUC